GAAAACUUAGAGAGGACCGCAAAAAAAAAGGAAAAGGAUAUCAGUAUUCAACAUACGAAAGAAAAUCGGAGACCUACCUGUGACGAAGCCCCAAAAGACGAGAAUGCCGAGGCACCGAAUAAGAGAGACGAUGACGCGAGGGAGAUGGUGAGCGAACCGAAAGAAGUUAAGAGAUUAGCGCAAGACCUAGAGGAGAAACAUCAUCUAAAGCAAGCGAGGAACCGACUGGAAAACGUAUCGACAGACGAUAGAGCUGAAGGGAGUCUUGAUGAGAAGAUUUGUCCCGAGUCGCAAGAGGUCAACCACGUGGAAAGGGUUGGUGAAGCUGUUCAAGGGAUCAAUGCAACGAUCAGAAAUCGAGAGCUAACCCGUGACGAAGUAUCGGUUGCUCACGAUUGCCUGAAGCCAUGGGAAGAAACAUUUGUUACGAAUGCUAGAACCACGAUGCCCGGAGUCAACGAGAAGAGCAGCCACAGGACCGAAGCGGAGGACGAACCAGAAAAAGAAGAGAAGAAGUCCAUAACGAGCCGCGAGCAAGACCAGGAACACCAAGGAGGAGGGCUCGAUGUGAAUAUCGGAAACGAAGAGGAGAUUCAUGACGACACACCAAUAAACUCCGAAGAACCUGCGAGGAAAGAAGAUCAAGAAUUCGUAGAGAACAAUGGGAAAAGGGAUAUCGAAACCACGAUGACGUACCUGGUGGAGAGUGUACCUACAACACACCCAUGUAUGUGCCUGUGGAACGAUUGUCUGAUACCCCUGCCCCAUACCGGAAAGUCACUAGACGAAAACAGACC